AUGGCUACUGCCGAUGGGUUCGGUGCCCAGAGGGUCCGCCGACUUUCCAGUCUGCACGCCGAUCGGGCCGACCUCUACGGGGGCCCCAACGUCGUCAUACCUCCAAAGCACUUGAUGGCUUCCACUCAUGACUGUGAUCUGACAACUGAACUGGAACUGGUCAAGCAUCACCUGGACGAAGACGCUAUCUCAUCGGAAGAAGAGUAUCUUCAGACUGAUACCCCUCUGUCAACUCCGCCAAUAAUGACCAGUGACGAUUUCGCCCUUGCCUUCGACAUCGAUGGUGUCCUCAUCAGAGGCGGGCAGGUCAUUCCCGAAGCGGUCGAUGCGAUGAAGUAUAUCAAUGGCGAAAAUCCUUAUGGAAUUCGAGUACGACUCAAUGGGAGGGGUGUGAAAAGAAUCGUGGGCGCUGACUGCAAACUGGGCAGACCUUACAUCUUCUUGACCAACGGUGGUGGAAAGACUGAGCAAGAAAGGUGUCAGGAUCUCAGCCGCCAGCUCCAAUUAGAAGUUUCCCCGGGCCAAUUCAUUUGUGGCCACACACCCAUGCGCGAAAAGGCGCAACGGUACAAGACCGUCCUCGUCGUAGGCGGCGAGGGCGAAAAGUGUCGCAUUGUCGCCGAAGGAUAUGGAUUUCAGAAUGUUAUCACCCCAGGUGACAUUAUCAAGACACGUCACGACACCACCCCCUUCCGUAAAUUGACCGACGAAGAAUACAAGAACUCACGAGAGCUCGACUUGGACGCGGUCCAAAUUGAAGCGAUAUUCGUCUUUGCCGACAGCCGCGAUUGGGCCGGCGACCAGCAGAUCAUUCUGGACUGCUUGAUGUCUCAGAACGGCCGCCUGGGCACACGGUCGGAGACGUUCGAUGAGGGACCCCCUGUCUACUUCUCCCAUAACGAUGUAGUCUGGUCUACAUCUCAUGAGCACUCACGUAUUGGUAUGGGAGCCCUACGUGCUUCGCUCGAGGCACUCUACAAAGCCGUUACCGGAAAUGAGUUGAAGACCGUCGCCUUUGGCAAGCCCCAGAUGGGUACCUUUCAGUUCGCUACUCGCUUGCUCCAGCAGUGGCGCAGCGACUCGCAUGGCAUUGACAAGCCGCCGAGCACAGUCUAUUUUGUUGGUGAUACUCCCGAAUCAGACAUUCGAGGUACCAAUGAAUUCAACGACAUUUCAGAUAACGAAUGGUACUCUAUCCUGGUGAAGACGGGUGUCUACCAGGACAAUACUAUUCCUCGUUAUCCCCCCAAGAAGAUCGUUGAUCACAUUUUUGAUGCGGUCAAGUUUGCAGUAGAGCGUGAGCACCAAAGAUCCAUCAACAAGGGUAACCCAUUUUAUGGUCGAGAAGAUACACUUGAAGAGAAUUACUUGAAGAACUAA